AAGACGAAUGGUGGUGGUAUUUUCUUGAAAAGUGAACGCGCGUCUGCCGCGACGACUAGACAUAGCUCAACCACGCCUUGCACUCUCAAGAUUCCUCCAAUAUUAUUCCUUCUCAGCGUGGCAGUUUCAUUCCAGCUCGAAGGAUUUUGUAGGCGUAUAUACCUCGUCUGCCCAGACGGCAGGUAGAAGGCUUUGUGGACGAAUCGGUCGGCAGCGCUAAUUUUUCCUCUGCAGAACAGCUCGUUUCCCUCGGAAGAGUCCUGCGGAUACUCCAUACGAUUUUCCUACUUCCGGAUUUUUAGUGGAGCAUCCGAGACCAAGGGCUUUGUAUCCAUGGCCGACGCAAUUCUAGCAAGAAGCGUUUCGGCUCCUGUUUUGCCUGCUAUCUCCGACGCUGACGCGAGAAGUCGGGGGAAGCCGUCUAGCUGUCAGAUCAACAGGAGUUAUACCUCUCCCAAAGCUUUCAGCCCGCGUUCUAGUACUGCAGGAUUCCAUCGUUCUCCAUCAGCAUCGAUGUCCCUGGACCCAUCAUCCCAUCAUGAAAGCGGCUUCUUCUCCGCGUCAGCUUCGCAUGGGACUUGGCCUUCGACUCCGUCUCCAGUGCAAUCGUCGUCGUUCUCCGUGUCCCAAGGGUCGCAGAUCCGUAAGCGGGAGUCGCCGGUGAGAGAAAUUAGACAUCAUGGAGGUCAGCAACGGCUACGAUACCGGACAGUGUCGGAAAUGGAUCUCCCUAAAUCAGUACCGUCCUCAGUGGGUGAAGAUGAUAUGCUGUCGCCCAUGCUGUCGACACCCGGCUUAACAUUUUCAAGUUUUAGCAGCCUGUCAACUCCGCCGCCUGGGUUUGGAGCCACCACCGCGAACCAUCAGGAGGACGCAUCAAGCGGGACAGUGAUUAACGAGGUUUCUCAUUCAGGAGCUGCAGCGGAUAACACGAUGCACUGGGGAAGGCCAGAUUUGGGAGCCGAUUUUGAGGAUGCAACUUCAAUGGCGGUUUAUCCCGAGCCAGACCUGUCGUCGUCGACUCCACUUGUGUUCGUCGCGCCAACCUCCGUAUACACCAUGGGGACUCCAGGAUUCCUAUUUCCGAGUUUCUUCCCUGGUGACACUCGCUCCGGCGAGCCGUGGCUGGGGUCCAUGAAUUAUCAUGACAGUGCAUCGGCUAUGGCACCUGACAAUGCGUCGGACUUUCCUGUCCAUCCGAUGGGACGUAACGAACGGCCGUCAUCCGUUUCGGAGCGUGUGGAUGGAGAGGUUUACACCAUGAUUGCUCACGGACCCGGCGGUAUGACAGUCGCGUGCAACGCUCAUGGAUGCCGACCCAUUUGGACCGAUGACGCUGAGUAUCGACCCAGCGAAUGGAUGGACUCCAACCGGACAGCACCUGAGGGAGGCUCGGCUGUAUAUCCCCAGCAACCACCUGCGUAUCCUCUUCGGUCUGCAGAGUGUGAGGUUGGCUCAGUGUGCUUCUGCAGCAAGCCGAUGUUGCCACGGCAUCAUCUCGGCGGUUCGCCUGAAGAGGAGCACAAAGUGCAAGAAAUGGAUGACUUGUACCGAGCAUCCUUGAGGAGGACCCAGAAAAUGCCCUCUUUCUCCGAAACUAUGCCAAGUUCCUCUAUGAGGUGAAAGGGGAUUAUUUUGCAGCAGAUGCUGUUUUCCAGAAGGCCGUUCAAGUGGCACCUGCUGAUGGCGAACUUCUGGUGCUAUAUGCCAAGUUUCUCUGGGAAGGGAUGUGUGAUGCUGAGAAAGCGUCAUUGAUGUUUCAGCAGGCAGUCGAAGUCUCUCCAGACAACUGCUACGUCCUCGCAGCUCAUGCGGCUUUCCUCUGGGAUGCAGACAGCAUGCUUGAGCAAACAAGCGUUCUAGCACCUCCGUUUCCUCCACCCCAAGCUGUGGAAAUGUAGCAAUAGUCAGUGACUAAUGUACAAAGUGUUGCUGAGUGUGGUUGCUGCCAUGCCGUUCUGCUGCUGCUGCGCAGUCUCCUUGGCAUCCUCACGUUUUUUAUUUGUGCAUGUAUACACAUGCUUUAAGUUAGUAUUGCAGCACCAACAUCGAGAUGAUUAUGUAUCGGAAGCUCAAGAUCACAAUGAUGGGAAAAGGAGAACAAU